AAUUUAGUUAUUUUAAUUUAAAAAAUUGUAUUUAGUGCAUUAGUAGACAUUAUCAACAAAUAAUAAAAUUUUAUAAAAGAGAAGUUACUUAGAAGUCUUUAGAAGUUUAACGCAUAAAAAUGGCGGCUGCUCCAGGAAAACAUAUGCCUAAGGACACUCAAAUUAUUGUUUCGAUUAUGAAAGACUUGGGCAUAUAUGAAUAUGAUCAACAAGUUUUAAAUCAUCUUUUGGAAUUUAAUUACAGAUACACAACUUUACUGUUAGAUGAUGCAAAAACAUAUUCAAAUUAUGCAAAAAAGAAAAAUGUUGAUGUUGAUGAUGUAAAAGUUGCCAUACAAAUGGCCCAAGAUGGCAUAUUUUUUAGACCACCCCCUCGUGAUGUUUUGAUUUCGGCUAGUAAUGAAAUCAACAAAAUACCACUUCCUUCAAUUAAACCAGCCAGUGGACUAAGAAUACCUCAUGAUCGAUCCAAUUUCUUACAAACAAAUUAUAAACUUAAAGAUGACUUGUGUACAGGACCAAGUAUCAUUAAAAAUGAUCAGAAAACAACUGCUGCUGAGUUACUAGAAGGUUCAAGAAAAGUAGAUGUAGAAGAAAGUGUUAUUUCUCAAACUGAACAGAACACAAAUAAUUGGAAUGAAUUUAUGGAAGAAAGACGGAGUUCUAUCCAAGGUGAACCAAUGGAUAUACAAAAUUAUGAAAGUCAAUCAUGAGAUUUAAUUUUAUAUAAAUAUAACUUUCUAAAAAUUUACUCAUUAU